UAAUUAAUAGCUAAUAAACAAAAAUAACAAACUUUAUAGAUAAUUUAUAAAACAGUGUAAAGCAUAGCUCAUAAAAAAUGGUGGACGCUGCACGACAAAUGUUAGACGAGUUGAUGGGCAGAAACAGAAAUUUACAUCCAUCGGAAGCUCCCAAAUCUGUAAACUGGCAAGAUCCUGAUUUGUGUCAAUAUCAUUUAGUGAAAUUUUGUCCGCAUGAAUUGUUUGUCAAUACACGAGCCGACUUAGGACCUUGUGGUCGUAUACACGACGAUGAAGCCAAACGAAAGUAUUCAGAGGCCAGACCAUCAACGCGCAAAAGGCAAUUUGAAGAUGAAUUUUUAUAUUUUUGUAAUUCUAUGUUAAAUGAUGUUGAUCGUAAAAUACAGAAGGGCAGACAACGAUUGGCCUUAAUGCAAAGGGACCAACCAGUCCAAUCGCAUGCGUCGAAAUACCGCGAACAAUUAAAUAAUUUAAAUGCCCGCAUCAAAAAGCUGGUGGCUGAGGCCGAGGAAGCUGGCACCCGCGGUGAUGUGGAUCAAGCCCAAGAUCUGAUGGUACUUUGUGAACAACUCAAGGAGGAGAAAGACAACAUGGUGGCACAAUACGAAAGUAUGUCGAAUAACAAAGAUGAAAAGCCUCUAGUUGCAACACCAAUUGCGAACAAUGUUGAAGUUGCUGCGCCGGAUAUCAAAAUUGAGGAGGGUGGUGAUAAGUCGCCGCACAGUGAUGAUGAUGCAGCAUCUAGUUUAGCUGGUGAUAAAAAGCUGAAUGCUUGGAUGCAAGAUAUGGGACAUUUGCCGGAGAAACAAAUGGAGGUAUGCGAAGUUUGUGGUGCUUUUCUCAUUGUAGGAGAUGCCCAACAGCGUAUUGAGGACCAUUUGAUGGGUAAACAACAUUUGGGUUAUUCCAAGUUACGCCAAGCGGUCGAGGAGAUACACGAGCAACGUCUAAAGGAUCAUGAAGACGAUGAACUUAGAAGGCGAGAUGAUCGAUCCUCGUCACAUCGUAGUUUCGAACCGGAGCGAAGGCGUGAUCGUGAACGUGAACGUGAAUAUCGCGAACGUUCCCGCGAGCACGGCAGCAGUCGCCACCAUCCAGGUGAAAGGCACCGACACCAUCAUAAAUCUCACCAUCGCCGCCGUUCUCAUUCACGUAGCCGCAGUCAUCGUAGCAGUCGUGAUCGUUAUAGUCGCAGCCGUAGCCGCAGUCGUUAUUAAAGCAUUGGAACACUUGCUGACCCCUUUCCUCCCUUCAUAUUAUGAACAUAUACAUAUACAAACCAACUAGAGGUACACUUCCCUUAUCUUUAUUACAAAAAAAAACCUAAAUGAUUUGAAAAAAAUCAUGAAAAACAAUUUUAACAAUACAAUUUAAAAAAUUAAACCACAGAAAAGUCAUAACGAUCUUACUACACAAAACAAGUUGGAAAACAUCAAGAAGUGAACAAGACAUCCACCACUCUGCUUGCAACUCCUUAGCCAGACAGCAGCUAAACGUAAUAUUAAGGCAGGCACUCUCUCACAGGUAACUUUCUACCACAAACUGUAUCAACCUGAAGACCUUUUUCUCUCUCAAAUUAAUAAUAAUAGAAAACAAAAAAUAGUGGAACAACGAAUUAUAAAAUCUACACAUAUUAUAGAAAAUGUCAUUUCCAUUAAAUGCAAACAAGAAAUUAAUUUUAUUGCGACUCGUAUCAGGAAUGGAUUCAAAUCACGCCAAACACAUAAACGAGGUGAUUGUUUUUUUUAAUUUUAUUUCUAUUGUACAUGUAUUUUCAUUGUUUUAUUAUUAUUAUCUAAUAUUAUUUCAUAUAUAUUUUUUUUUGAUAAAUUGAUUAAAACAUAAUAAUUAAAAUGUUAUUGAGAUUAUAAAGAAAUAAUUUAUAUAAAAAAAAGAAUUUAUGCGGACUAUGUACUUACUACAUAAAACAUAGUUCUUAAUUUUAUUUUUGAAUAAAAUAGCAUUUGUGUGUUUAGUAAUUUAAACAAUGUUGUUAUUUUUUUGAUAUAUAUUUCCCUUUAUAAUUUCAUACUCUUAAAAUGGGAAUUUGCAAUAUAAAUAUACAACAUUGAGCUAAAGUAACAUAAAUAAUUUUCUAUAAAUUUAUUUAACAAGUUUUACCUUGAGUUAUUGUUUUAUUUAAAAAAAAUAUAUGCCAUUGAACACACAUUUUGUUUAUUAUGAAAACCCAUUUAAAUUUUUAAAUAUUGAACAUUUUCUUAUACCUUCUUAUCUCUCACUUCCUAAUUAAUAUCGUGUUUUAUAUCUGUAAAACUUAUUCUGUGCAAAUGAUGAGAAAUUUUGUUUAAAAUUCUUUUUAAACUUUUUGUGAUUUUCCACUUGAUCAAUCUGUUGUUUUUUUUUAUUUUAGCUAAUAACACACUUCUUUUAAAAUCACAAAAACAAUUUUAAAUUUUAAAAAUAUAUAUACAUUAAUAUAUAUAUUAUAUAUAUAGUAACAUAAAUAUUAAUAUCUAACAAUUCAUAUACAUAUUGCUAAGGUAUUUAUAUACAUAACUUUAAGAUCAUGAAUGAAUAUAAAAGAAGUCAAUAUUGAACAAAAACAACCAAUUAAAUAUUUGACUUUUUAAAUAAACGUAAUUUUAAAUAAAAAUA